AUGUCUCAGGCAGGGGCCGUGGUGUGCUUCCGCCCGGAGGGAGACCGUUCCAUGUCCCCUCAGCACUUCCCUCGAGCGCUGGAGAGGAGGCCGUGGCUGUCGCCGUCCAAGAACGUGGACCUGGCUGCCGGCAGCCCUCAGCACUGCCUCACGCCCAACCUCAACGCCGGCCGGCUCCACCUCCUCCGCAAGGGCCUGACCCCGCAAGGCAGGUGGUCCCAGCUAGGCAUGUACAACAGCACCGGCUCCCUCGCCCACAGAGUGACCGAGACAGGGUGCCUGGGCAACGGCGGCUGCCCCGGCUCGGGGAGAGUGACGGCCCCCUGCACCCCGCUGAGGGGCAGGCCUCCGCCUUCGCUGUGCUCCCCGGGCAGCCGCACCCCCUUGGUGGCCCCGGUCCCUGGCGGGCAAAGUUCCGUGGUGACCUUCCGCUUCAUCGAGAAGGCCAGCGUGAAAACCCUCAACGGCCUCCCCUUGGCAGAGGCCAAGAGCGGGGGCCUGGGGUUGGGGGAAGCCCUCGCCAGCGGCCCCAGCAAGCAGGGGAACUGUUGCCCCACCGUCCCGAAGCAGCCACGUUCUCCACAGCACAAUGUCACCACGUCCCCGAAGCCUGCCUCUCGAGAUGCGAUCAAGGACCCUGGGUCAAGGACAGGCGGCUGCAGCUUGGCCGGUCCCAACCCCACGGGCAAGCCGGCCCCACUGACCCUCGGCAGCCAAGGCCAGGACCACUUGAGCCACAAGCUGAAUCUGGAGACCUCUGCUUCCGACCCUCUCCUGACCGGAAGCAAGUUCCUGCCGAGCGCACCCUCCUCCCUGAGCCUGGGCCACGGAAGCCCUCACCCUCUCAAGGCCCAGUGCCUCUCCAGCUCCCUCGCCAAUGGCAUGAGCAGCCCUUCCAAGGAUAUCUUGGUGCUCCGGAGGAGCCCGCAGCUUGGGGAAUGCCAGGGAAGCCCGUGGGCAUAUUCCCUUGAGAGCUCUGCUCACGCGCAGCGCAUAGCCAAGGCCAAGUGGGAAUUCUUCUAUGGCUCACUGGACCCUCUUGAGGCAGGGAUGCUCUCUCAGAAGGCGCCUCUUCCCCAGUCUCCAGUCCUCGAGAAAUGCAGCCACCCAACACAGCCAAAGCAAGCACGGAUGGGGCCCGAGCACAGCUUGUGCCACGUGGAGGUGGAAAUCGAGAUGGCGCCUUCAGGAAGUCCAAAGCCGGGAAACUGUGAAACGGGAAUAAUCCGCAGGACAGUCAAGUAUUCUGAGACCGACCUGGACUCAGUUCCCUUGAGGUGCUACCACGAGACCAACAUUGACGACAUCUUGGCGGAGAAGGACGAAGUGGAUUCAGCCAUCGAGAGUCAGAAGGACAGCGAGAGCAAUCAUAGUUUCACGGGGACCGCGGGGAAAGGGAACGUUGUCCCGGGGGACCCUUUUAUUCAGCACAAUCGGGAGGACGACGAUGACAAGUGUUUGAGAAAUGGGAUACGGGUCAAUGAAGAGGAUGAGGUGUUUGAAGCCACCCAGCAGCCAGCAGAGAGGGACAGAGAUGCCCCAGGCGGGCUGCUGAAGUCCCCGGGGCCGUUCCUGCUGGGCCACAGCCUGUCCAAAGACGGCAUGGAUUCAUUCAGCAAGCACUUUGAGAGCAUCAUGGAGUCCCACCGAGCCAAAGGCACCUCCUACACCAGCCUGGACUCCAUCGACAUCCUCUCCUCUCCUGUCCACACCCACAGUGGCACUUGCUUCACCUUUGACCUCCCUACCUUUACCCUGGGAAUGCAAGAGCAAAUCCGAGACAGUGCCAAGCUCAUAGAGCAGAACUUUGCCCCUCUGGCCCUCCUGGAGCCAGACUCGGGGACGAGUUCUGCCACGGACGCCCCCUGGACCGAGAGGGAAGACGACCCCCCGCCAGGCCAGAAGAGCCCCUGCCCCUCCGCGGACAGCUUGGGGGUCCCCCUGGCCUCCAUCCUCAGCGAGCACCCGCUCAGCCAGCUGGUCUCCGACUCAGACUCCGAAAUGGACAGCACCGAGCAGCUGGCCCUGGGCAGCACGGACACCCUCUCCAACGGGCACAAGGCGGACCUGGAGGCUGCCAAACGCCUGGCGAAGAGGCUGUACAAUCUGGACGGCUUCAAGAAGGCAGACGUGGCCCGCCACCUGGGGAAGAAGUACGUUAACGAUUUCAGUAAGAUGGUUGCUGGGGAGUACCUGAAGUUCUUUGAGUUCACGGGCCUGAGUCUGGACCAGGCGCUCAGGUCCUUUCUGAAGGCGCUGGCCCUCAUGGGUGAGACCCAGGAGCGGGAACGAGUCUUGGCUCAUUUUUCCCAGCGCUAUUAUGAAUGCAACCCCAAAGCCAUCUCUUCUGAGGACGGCGUUCACACCCUGACCUGCGCUCUGAUGCUGCUAAACACAGACCUUCACGGACACAACAUCGGAAAGCGAAUGUCCUGCUCAGAUUUCAUCGGGAACCUAGAAGGACUCAAUGGAGGGAGCGAUUUCCCCCGGGAUCUGCUCAAGGCUCUGUAUAGCUCCAUCAAGAACGAAAAGCUGCAGUGGGCCAUAGACGAAGAAGAGCUGCGCAAGUCCCUUUCGGAACUGGCUGACCCCAACCCCAAGUCCAUCAAACGCGUCAGCAGCAGCUGCAGCAACCCCUUCCUGGACUUCUCCCAGGACCCCAGCAUCGCCACGUACAAGCACGGCCUCCUCGUGCGCAAGAGCCACGCUGAGCCCGACUGCAAAAAAACACCCAGAGGGAAGCGGGGAUGGAAGACGUUCCACGGGAUCCUGAAGGGGAUGAUCCUGUAUCUACAGAAGGAGGAGUACAAGCCCGGCAAGGCGCUGGCUGAGGAGGAGCUGAAGCAUGCCAUCAGCAUCCACCACUGCUUGGCCACCCAGGCGUCCGACUACAGCAAGAGGCCCAACGUCUUCUACCUCAGGACGGCCGACUGGAGGGUCUUCCUUUUCCAGGCCUCGAAUACCGAGCAGAUGAACUCCUGGAUCACGCGAAUCAAUGUGGUGGCCGCCAUGUUUUCUGCCCCACCCUUCCCAGCCGCCAUCGGGUCCCAGAAGAAGUUCAGCCGCCCCCUCCUGCCCAGCUCCACCUCGCGGCUACCUCAGGAGGAGCAGCUGAAAAGCCAUGAAGCCAAAUUCAAAGCGAUGGCUGCCGAGCUGCUGGAACACCGGGCCUCCUUGCCCGAGAAGAAGGUGAAGGGCAAGGAGUACGAAGAGCUGAAGCAGAAGGAGGAGUACCUGGUGUUUGAGAAAACACGCUACGGCAUCUACGCCACUUUAAUGCGUGCCAAGCUGAAGACUGGCUCCGAAGACUUGGCAGCAUUGGAAGCCGCCCUGUUCAACGCCACAGCUGGCACGGAGGACCACCUCAAGAAGUCCCAGUCCCACCCUUCCCUCCACCAGGAGCCCACCAGCACAGGCCCCCGGGGCAAGCGCAACCACCAACAAGCCACCAGCAGCCUGCAGAAGUCCUAG